GUGUAAUUAUCUUUUUUUUUAUUCCUAUUUUUUAGCUGAGUGGAACAAUAUUAUUAUCUAUUGGCGCAAGUUUUUUUAUUGCAUAUGCCAAUAUUAAUCACCUACUUUACCCUCAUCAUUUCACACCAACAACUAUAUUAUCAAUCUUUGGAUUAUUAAUACUUGUCACAUCAUUUAUCGGAUUUUUUGGUGCACUUAAAGAAAGCUCUUCACUGAUUUUUUUGGUAAUUAAAAGAUAUUAAAAUUAAAAAUUAUUAAAAAAGUAAUAUAAAAAUCAUAUGUAUUUUUUAUUUUAUUAGUUCUUGUGUUGUUUGGUGAUUCUUGUAAUAAUGGAAUUAUCAGCUUCAAUAUGGAUUUGGACAAAUAAAGAUAAUAUGAUAGACAUUGGAGAAAUUAUGUCACAAUAUGAAGAAAAUCAAGAAGCUCGAUUGACCCUUGAUGCAAUGCAAACAUCGCUUCAAUGCUGCGGAUCUACUGGCCCAUCAGACUGGGUCAAAUAUCGUAAUCAUGUGAUUAAUGAUAUUUCAGCACCACAUUCAUGCUGUUUUUCAACAAAAAACAAUGAAAAUAAUACAAUUACAUGCUCUGGUUAUUAUCAAAAAGGUUGUAGUGGUCCAUUAAAAACAUUUAUACAUGAAAACGCAAUAAAAAUAAUAACAUCAGCAAUAAUUAUUGUGUCAAUUCAGGUAAAAUAUUAAAAUAUUUAUUUUAAAUCAAAGCAAUAAAACCAAUUUUUCAAUAAUUAAUUUCAGAUAAUUGAUCUUGUAUUGUCAUUGACAUUUAGAA